GCGAUAAAUUGAAGCAGCUGUGGGAAGAGAGAGAAAUAAAAGGGUUCGACAACAGGUGGAAAUAAAUCGAGCGUCGACAAAGAAAUAUUCAGAUUUUUACACUUCUUACACCUGAAGAUGAAGACACUGGUGUUUGUCUCACUGUGUCUAACAGUGACUCUUGCCAUGCCUCCAAAUCCUGGUCUGACUAAGGGAAACCAGAGCCCUCUGGUGGGAGACAAAGUUACUCUACAGGGUCAUGUGGAGGUGGAGGUUCCUGCACCAAAGGCUGAACUGAGACCCAAGGAGCAGCAGGAGAAGAUGUCUCCAGUGGUGGAAGUAGAGGAUGAAGCUAAGCCACAAGUUAAGGUGGAGCAAGAGGUUAAAGAGGAACCGGAGAUGAAAGCAGAGUUAGAGCUUGAAGCAAAACCAGAGGUGAAGGUGGAGCAAGAGGUUAAAGAGGAUCCAGAGAUGAAGGUGGAGCAAGAUGUUAAAGAGGAACCAGAGGUGAAGGUGGAGCAAGAGGUUAAAGAGGAACCAGAGAUGAAGGUGGAGCAAGAGCUUCCUGAAGAACCAGAGAUGAAGGUGGAGCAAGAGAUUAAAGAAGAACCAGAGAUGAAAGUAGAGCUAGAGCUUGAAGCAAAACCAGAGGUUAAGGUGGAGCAAGAUGUUAAAGAGGAACCAGAGGUGAAGGUGGAGCAAGAGGUUAAAGAGGAACCAGAGAUGAAGGUGGAGCAAGAGGUUAAAGAAGAACCAGAGAUGAAAGUAGAGCUAGAGCUUGAAGCAAAACCAGAGGUGAAGGUGGAGCAAGAUGUUAAAGAGGAACCAGAUGUGAAGGUGGAGCAAGACCUUCAAGAAGAACCAGAUUUUGAGAAGGAGCAGGAGCGUAUGAUGGAGCUAGAGCUUAAAUUGAGACGAGAUGUAAAUGCAGGGCAGGAGCUUCAAACAGGGCAAAACCCUGAAGAAGGGUCGGAGGUCAAGGUGGUGCCAGAGGAUGUAGACCAACCAGAAUUUAAGGAGGAACAUGAAGGUGAGGUGAUGAAUCUGAAGGCAGAGUAUGGAGCAGCUCACACUGAAGGUUUGGUCGAGCCACUGGAUGAUGACAGUGUCAUGUUCCCAGAGGAGGAGAACGAUCCUGCUGAUGGAAUUCUGCCAGUAGAGGAGGAAGAGGAGGGGCGUCAAGUGAGGAACGCCGAAUUGGUUUCAGAUGAAGAUCCAUUCACAGAACUGAAGCCUGAGAUGAUGAAAGAGACCUUACAAGAUGAAGAACUCAUAUCAUACAUGGGUAUCAUGGAUGAAGGGCCAGCGCUGGACUCUCUGGGGCAGCCGAUGUUAUCUUCAGAGAGCUAUUUCCCAGAGGCGGAGUCGGGGAGGGAGGCCUUCACACUGCAAGAUGUUCCUCCAGCAGAAGAAGAACCUGGCCGUGGGAUUGUCAGAGAGCUGCAAGUCUCUGAUCAGGGGGAGAAAACAUCUCAAGGGGGGAGCUGUUCCUCUGGUGUCGUGCUCGAGGGCAAGUGUUACCAAUUCUUCAAGAAACCAAAGGUGGCUGCAGAUGCAGAGUUCUUCUGCCAGAGAAGCUUCUCUGGAGGUCACCUGGCCUCCAUCACGAGCCAGAGCGCCCACAUGGAGAUGAUGAACUUAAUGAUGAGACACAAUGGCAGAUACACGCGCACCUGGAUUGGAGGCUUACGAUAUUUGGACACCGGUCGCUUCCUCUGGUUGGAUGGAGCAGAGUGGACUUAUGCAGACUGGCUGUUAGGAGAACCCAACCACACAGCAAACGUGGAGAAUUGUGUGGAAGUUCUGGCAAAUGGAAAGUUUAAUGACUUCACGUGUUGGGAGCCUCAGCCUUUCAUCUGCUCCUUCCCUCUUCAGUGAAAGUGCAGCGACACACACAGUUUCUUUUCGUGUCCAACAACAAACACACAUGUACACUUGUAUAAACAGAAAAAGAAAAAGUGAUGUUAUAUCACCUCAACUCAUUUGUGUUAAUAAAAUGAAUGAAUAAGCCUCUUGUUGAAAUGACUUGUAAAUAAGAAUUAUUUUGGUUUUUAUUUGGUUUGGAUAUUUUCUUUUGUUGUGUUGCUAAAGAAAGCAAGAUGGUUUAGUCUUGAUUUAUGAUUAUUUUCCCUCUGAAACUCACAAUAAACUGAAUUUAAAUUUGA